CGUAGCUAAGGUCAUCAAGGUCACGAUGGCCGGCAAAAGUAUCAGGACGAUUUUUCGGCAUUUUUCAAAGCCUAUAUUGAAUUCUAAAGAUGGAGUACAGAGAUUAUACUCAUCAGGGAUUCAGAGGGUUACCAUGAUACCAGGUGAUGGAAUCGGGCCAGAAAUUUCAGCUGCUGUUAAACAGAUCUUUGCAGCUGCUGAUGCACCAUUAGACUGGGAAGAUGUAGAUGUGACACCAGUGAAGGGACCUGAUGGAAAAUUCCGUCUGCCUCAAGCUGUAUUUGAUUCUAUGGCUAAAACUAAAGUUGGAUUAAAAGGACCACUGGCUACUCCGAUCGGAAAGGGUCAUCAGUCUCUAAAUUUAGCUUUAAGAAAAGCUUUCAGCCUGUAUGCUAAUGUACGACCAUGUAAGUCUAUCGAAGGUUAUAAAACACCGUAUGAUGAUGUAGAUAUUGUGACUAUACGAGAAAAUACAGAGGGAGAAUACAGUGGUAUAGAACAUACAAUUGUAGAUGGAGUUGUUCAGAGUAUUAAACUGAUCACAGAAGAAGCGUCAAUGCGGGUAGCAGAGUAUGCGUUUGAAUAUGCUAGAAACAAUGAUAGGAGUACAGUUACUGCUGUCCAUAAAGCCAAUAUCAUGAGAAUGUCAGAUGGGUUAUUUUUAAAAUGUUGCCGAGAUGUGGCACAGAAAAAUAAAGAUAUUAAAUUUCGAGAGAUGUAUCUAGAUACUGUUUGUUUAAAUAUGGUACAAGAUCCCAGUGAAUUUGAUGUUUUAGUCAUGCCUAAUUUAUAUGGUGAUAUUCUCAGUGAUUUAUGUGCUGGGUUGAUCGGAGGUCUAGGAGUGACACCUAGUGGUAAUAUUGGUAGUGAAGGAGCCAUAUUUGAAUCAGUACAUGGUACUGCCCCUGAUAUAGCAGGUCAAGAUAAAGCCAACCCUACAGCCUUGUUACUGAGCGCUGUCAUGAUGUUAAGACAUAUGAAAUUAAACGACCACGCCCGUAGAAUAGAGAAGUCAUGUUUAGAGGUUAUUAGAGAAGGAAACCAUCUAACAGCUGAUUUAGGAGGAAAUACAACUUGUUCCCAGUUUACCACUGAGAUUUGUCGACGUGUUCAAGAGAUGUCUUGAAACCACCCAAAAUAAUCUCUUCUCUUCUUCACCAAAAUUUUGAAAAUUUACUUGAGAAUCACUGCCAUGACUGAUACUGAUAGAUAUUGUUUAUUAGAAGUCGGGAUACAGUUCGUCUAAAAUCGAGUUAUUGCCACACAUAUCUACAAUUGAUAAUGUGUAUAAGAAGAAUUACUGAUCAAAGAAUUUUAUCAAAACUUUUGUGAAGAAGGAACUGGAUUACCUCCCCUGUGAUGUUAUUUUUGUUGAAAUAAAGUAUUGUAGAUUUUUAUUAUUAUUUAUACUAAAAAUAGAUCUGGUACUCUCACGAAAUUUAAAACAUUUUCACCAAGAACAAAAAGAAAUAUAAGUAAAAUUGAUCUAAUUAAAAUUAGACCAAACUUUCCUUCAGUUUUUUCAUUAGCUUUUCUUCUUAAUAUAGCCACUUCAAUGAGGGUGUAACGACGGCCCUCUUGAACGUUUCUCUAAUCAACCUUUUGACCUAACGCGAUGACCAAUCAAAUUUCUACACCCUCUCGAGCGCUGGCAUUUUGCGAAGCGGUGUUUAUCAGGUAAGGUCAAAAUGUUAAUUUGACGAACAUUCAAGAAGGCUGUCGUUAGACCCUAACUGAAGUGGCUGAAUGGUUGAAUAGAUUAAUUUGUUGCGCUUGGGCCAAUCAUUUAUAUCUAGGAUCUGGUGUUGCAUCAAUAUUUUAACAGUCAUUUUUCGUUAGUAACAAAAUUAGUUAUUUUUUAAAAGGGGGUGGAAUGGACCAGGAACAAGUGUGUAAUGAGAUGGCACCUCAUCAAUAACUAGACUAUUCAUCGUCUCGUCAGAUGAAAAAGAAAACUUUCAAAUAUAUUGCUUUUGAGGAUGAUAGGACUCUUAGGAUGAACAGAAAUUUGAAAUUUUUAAACUUGGUUGAAUUGAGUCUUAUGUUCAUCAGUGGACUUACCUGGUAUCAAAACUAUACAACAGAAUCUCUCUUUAAUCCAAUAAAUCUAUAAAACUAAGUAGUAAUAAGUGUUUUUGAAUAAUUAUUUAGUUUAAUAGAUAUAUUGUGUUAUAUAGAGAUUCUAUUCUUUAGUCAUGGCACCUGGUAAUUCUAACUGAUGAAUAUAUACACUUGUGACCAAGUUUGAGAUUUUAUAUUUUAUAUCCAUUCUAAAAGGUAGUGUUUCUUUAAGAAGAUAUCUUUAAAAUGUGCCAAAAUAUUUACUAGAUAGUAAUACUAAUACAAUAGAAAGAUACUAGAGGUGUGUGGUUUUGUUGAAAUUUGAUUGUUGUAUGUUCGUUUUGUUCAAAUUCUAUUCAACUGUUUGUUUUGAAUGCUGAGAACUGUGUCCAUUUCUGUAUCGUCAAACAAAAAAAUUUUUGCACAUGUUGGUGUGGUUAUGAACAGAAUAAUAUUUAGGCUUUUACAAUUCAUUCUUGAAUGACAUUUAGUAAAGGUAGUUGAACAUAGACAACACAAAUCUUAUAGAGUUUAAUUCCUGAUAUUUAUUCAAUCAACGUUUCGACUAGGAUUCUUUAAUCUUUAUUAAAUAAAAUAGAAAUCAGUCUUCAUACUCUAUAAUAAUUGUAUUAUCUAUAUUUUAUAAAGCAAUUGCUAUUUAUUUUACCAAAUGAUAUGGACUGCUGAUAUUUGUGUUUUAAAUUGAACUCUGAAUAUGUACAAAAUAUUUGUUCUGGACUUUACAAGGAGAUGAAUUGCUCACAACAAUAAGUUUGCAUUUAAAGUUGGUAUUAAAGUUGAUAUUAUUUAAACAAUAUCUAGACUUUUCUUAAACACUUGAGUCUGAAUCUUGAUGUUGCCAUGGAAACAAUGAUAUUAAUGCUCAACUGGGGACAUUUUGAUAUACAAGAUAUCACUUUUUAAAACAUAUAUAUAUUGCUUUCAUGACACCUUAAAGGGACAGGUUCACCAUCUGUUGACCAAUCAUACUUUAGUCUUAGAAACAGGAAUGAUUUAGCCAAGCUAAUUAGUAAUAGUGUUUACAGCUCACUGUCGAAAUUUAGCCUUCAAAUCCAUGUAGGUCCAGAAUUAUCUGUGUCAGAAAGUUCAAAUGACAACUCUCAUUUCUUGAGACACUGUCAUAUAUAGAAAAGACAUCUAUAGAAAAGUAAAAUUCCUAGUUGCAAGAUUUUCAGGGAGUUCUAGUAGUUCUGAAGACUAUUUACAUAUAUUAAAGACUCAAAUCAACUCCUGAAAAUGGCAAACCUGUCCUUUUAAAUUAAUCAAAUAGCAGUAGCAGUAUACUGUUUGGUUUCAAUAUCUCUGGAAAUAUCUGUGUUUGAAAUAUUAGAUCAAACUUACUGAAAAUGUUUCACAAAUUCAUUACAAACUUCCCAAUUUACCAUUACGGUAAUUUUUCUCAAUUUGUUGUUAAUUUAAAUUUUGUUGUAUUAAAUUCUCUCACUUAUGUUCAAUUUCUUAUCAAAUCCAUUUAUUGUCUAAGCAAAGAAAAGUAAAAAGUUUUUUGAAUUUUAUUCAUUAUUUUUAUGAGAAUUGGAAUAUCAGCAUCAAAAUAGUACAUUGCCUAUGGUACAUUUUAAUUCACACAUCCGUAAACUCAUGCUAAAUUUAAAAUUUGAAGCCGUGCACCUGAAAAAUGCAACCUAUUAUUCAGAAUCAUUAGGCAGAUUCAAGCUGAAGAUAAAAAAAAAAAAUCAUUAAUUUAUUGUGGUCUACAGUAUUAUAAAUAAAGUUAGCUCCCUUUACCAAGAUGUGAAAUGUAAAUAAACAUUUUGACAUUUU